AUGAAUCAACUUGGUAUUACCCUAUUGACUCUCUCAAUCUUAUUCAUCAAUCAUGUUAGAGCACAAACACAAAGUUCUUCUUCACAAGAUGCUGUCUCAAAUUUCCAACCAAGUCUUGCUGUUGUCAUGUCAAUCCUAGGUCUAAUGUUUGCAUUAACAUUCAUUCUUCUUAUUUUUGCCAAAGUAUGUCAUCGUAGACAAUUACUUCCUCUUAGUGAUGAUCCAAAUAAUCAAUCAACAUUCAUGAGAUCAAGGUCAAGAUUUUCAGGUAUUGACAAAACAGCUAUAGAGUCACUUCCUUUUUUUAGAUUCUCUUCUCUUAAAGGCUCCAAACAAGGGUUGGAAUGUUCAAUAUGUUUGUCAAAAUUUGAAGAUAUAGAGAUUUUAAGAUUGUUGCCAAAAUGUAAACAUGCUUUUCAUAUUGUUUGUAUUGAUCAUUGGCUUGAAAAACAUUCAAGUUGUCCUAUUUGUAGACAUAAAGUCAACAUUGAAGAUGAAACAACCUUUGCAUAUUCAAGUAGUUUAAGGAUGUUGGUAGGUGAUGAAUCAAAUAUAGAGAUCUUUGUCCAAAGAGAAGAAGAAAAAGAAAAUCAACAUGGUUCAUCAUCAAGAUUUAGUAUUGGAAGUAGCUUUAGAAAAAUUGGGAAAAGUAGUAUUAAGGAUGAAGAAUCGCUCAUACAAAAAAAAUCAGAAGAAGAAGAAGAACGUAAUCACACAUGUCAGCAUCGUGAUUAUGACUCUAGUAACACUUUUAAUCAGAAGUGUUGGUGUUAUAGAGAUUUUCACAAACACAAUCAUCAGAUUACUAUAUCUGAUGUUGUGUUUAAGCAUAGAUGGAGUAAUGUUAGUUCUUCGGAUCUUAUGUUUUUGAAUUCGGAGAUGAUUAAUGCUACAUCGAGUAAUAGAUUCAACAACACGGAAUCGAAUUUUCAUGAUGGAGAAAAAUAUUUGAAACAUGAUGAAGGUGAGAAAAGAUCAGUUUCAGAAAUCACUGGUGUUUCUAGAUUUAGAGAAUUUGAUAUGAAGAAAAGGGUGUUUGGAGAUUCUUCAUUGGUUGAAAAUGAUGUUAAAGAGGAGAGAAUGAGGAAGCUUUGGUUUCCAAUUGCAAGAAGAACAGCUGAAUGGUUUGUGAAUAGAGAAAAAAGGUCUCUACAAAAGUCAUUUGUAGAUGUAUAA